CGGGGCAGCCCAAGGGGAGGGACGGAGGGAGGACAUGGGAGGGAAGACAGAGAGCAGAGAUUCUCCUCAGAUUGGCCAGCACUGCCUCAGCAGUGACCAGGAGGAUUCAGUGUAUAAAGCAGGCUUUGUUUCCCAGAUUCUGAGUAGUCCCAUCUCCCUGGUGGGCACCGUGGGGCAAUCCGUGAGUGUGAUAUGUCCAUAUGAGAAGAUCUACGAAAACAAUACCAAAUACUGGUGUAAAAGCCCAUGUUUGUGGAGGAUUGUGGAGACUGCAGUCCCAGAUGUAGAAGCGUGGAAUGGCCGUGUGUCUAUCAGGGACGUUUCUGCAACCCUCUCCUUCAGAGUGACCAUGAGGAACCUUAGAGAGGAGGAUGCUGGGACAUACCGGUGUGGGAUUGAUACAUCAGAGGUUCCAGGAUAUAUGUUCGACCUCACCUACCCAGUUGUGGUGACGGUGACCCCAGGUCUUCACACGGUCCUGCUAGACCCCGCAUUGAAUACCGAAGCCUCGGACGACUACUAUGCCUCCAGCCUAUAUUCUGGGUCCCUGCUCAGCUGCAUCUACUUCUGGCUUCUGGUCUUCCUGGAGGUGCCCCUGGUCCUGAGCAUGCUCACUGCUGUCCUCUGAUGGAACAGGCCUCAGAGGGGAUCUGGCGGGAGGCAAUAUCUGCUCGAUAAUGACUAUUGGUAACACCAAUUGCCUAUUGACGACCUGCCCAAGAACACAGCCCAUCUGAUGGAUGGGAAUGGCCUUCUGACCAACACAUCCAGCCACCGUCCUUAUUUUAUUCCGAAUACUCUGUAAACUUUUUUGUAAAUUUUCCUGCAAAGUAUCAUAGACACAAAGACUGUUCCCAAUAAAUGCAUACUCCUUGAAGCCCAAAUACUCUUCAACCCUUGGAUAUAUCGUGAAUAUUUCUGAAGUCCCUCUGAGGAAACCAACUAUGAAUUUUACAGUCAUGUUCUCCUUGUUUUCUUUAUGGGUUUGCCACAUAUUUGCAAAUUAUUUACUCUAGGUCAGUUCAUAAAAGGCACCAAAGUUAAAAAAAAAACAACUUUUAUUUCCAAGGUGAUUGGUCUUCUUAUAAUACUUCUUUCCCAAGUCAUCACCCUUUUUAUAUAAUAAAAUGGUCACUUAUUGCACAAGC